UACUUAAGAAGUUGGCAAAAUCGAGGUUUUUCCGGACGUGUGUUUUCGAAAUUGCAUGCUGAUGCUCUAACAACAAAUGCAGCGAUUUUUUACGUCGACACAAGUAUCUGUGCGGCUACUACAACCAACGCGACUGCUUCCAGAGUCGCAAUACGACUUGCACAUCAACAAAGUUGUGAAAUCGAUUGAGCAAUUUUAUAUUAUAUUAUAAGCGAAAUUUAUGAACUGGUUGAUUACCACAUGAACCACCUGUGUCUACACAUAGGCGUCGUGUUGUGUAAGCCAAAAAUCACUAACUUUAACUCAUCCAAGUGUCCGUCCUAUAGGAGCUUCAUAAAUAUUCACCGUUGCACUGUCAUGCUGCACGUUGUCCAGCUGUAUGUGCCUGCAAGAGCUGCCCAACACCCUCCCCUCUUUUAAAGGCGAUGAUCUGAGCGCUUUUAUCCAAAAAGAAUAGAUAACACUUUGUUGCUAGCCGCUUGGUGAGGGCUGGAGACUCAUCUCAAAGUACGGCACCUCGAUCGCCUUCGAUUUCACAAACUUGCAACCCAAAGCUGAACUGGGAUAUGGAAGUGCUUUGUCCGUGGCUGGUAUCCCGUCAUUUUGGUGAGCGCAAGGCACCUAGGUCGUCCUCCUUGAUGAUAGUCACCUUCUCAGGAGUUCUGUGAGCAGCCUGGAUACACAAACUUAAUGCCAUAUACUCGGUCUCAGUGGAGUAAAGGCGAUUGACGACUGGUUCUGCACGUAUAUAUCACAGGCGCACCGCACAUCGCUAAGACAACUCCCGAUAUCAAGCGCCUGUUGUCAGUGUUGCCUUCCAGUUCGCGUCACAUAUGCUUCCAGCAUCCUGAAAACUCGCACUUGUACAACAUACCAUUUCGGCUGGCCGUUUAUUGGUAAUGCGGCAUAAACUUAAACUUGUCAAAGCGUUGAUCACGUCUAGCCAAACGCAUAACGCCACAUGAAGUUGGCACACGACGAGUGCGCAGUAUAGUCGCUUGGACAUAGACGAUUUGUCUGCAGCCGUCGUUUCGCAAGGUUCGUGCGUCAGCUUCGAUUCUGUUCAACAUAGAUUGCUACCUGGAAUCAUGCCUCGAUUUUCUCCUUCACUGCAGUGAUGGUGACUUCAUUGCUUGCAGCAUGUCGUCGAGGUACAUUACAACGGAGCGACGAAGCCAUCUCGAAACGUCAUUACGUAGAAACACUGGUCGUUCCGCACACCUUUCCAUCACAGACGCGUGAACCGUAUUAGAUUCUUCAGCACGCUAGUGAGAAGGGCUUUGUAAAAUAAUCUAGGCGAUCACGUUCCCAUUCGCGCAGCGUAGCGCCAGUACGAUCUGGUUUCAUUCGAUUUUAAAUUAUGUGUCGAAAAAGUCGAAGCCGUAUUGCUAUCUGUGCCAUUCCGCGUGUUAUUCGUGAACCCAUUCGCUGCCAAUCACCUGUGUUGCUCUGGUGAGGUACGAGUGUUUAUGUCUGGUUUCGCUCGUGCGUAUUUAGCACACUUUCAAAACAUCUUUCCACUGGCUCCCAAAAAGCGACUCCACCGCUUCAUCAUCUGGCACGGAACGUACACCACAGUCUCAAUCGUGUAGGCUGUGUAAUCCAGCCUGAACGCUAGAUUGGGAACUCUCCGUCAUCGUUCAAUCCCUCGCUGCCAUUAUCUUGUUCACUGACACUGUCAAGCGACGAUACUCGCCCUCAAGCUUUUGCAGGUGACUUGGCCGGAUGCGCGCCUGGUACUGCGAAAAACCCACGUUCGUGUAGAUGGUACUCCCGUGUGGAUCAUCCCCAAAUCGUGUGACUUAUUCCCCCGUGUGGAUCAUUCCACCCGUUCAUCUUGUGCUGUGGUCAAUCUGUGGCAUUUUCAAACUGCCUAUGCUCGAACACCACUUAUUGAAGUUUCACGAUCAAAUGAAAAAGUCGAAACUGCCGGUGCUCUGUUUAUGUAAUACAUCUAGCGUAAAGCCCAGAAGCGCUGCAAUUGAAAAAGCAUUUUUUCAAUUGAUGUUGCUACGGAAGUUGACAUGAACUCCGUAUCACAAUACAUGAUCUCAGGAAUUCUGAAAGCAGUCCACGGUUGAACAGGGUGUUUGCUGAUUGCGAGAGGUGACAACUAACUGAAUUCUUAUUUUUCAAUGUCGCUACCAUUACUACGUUCUGUUUGACAGUACACACAAACGUGAGCAUGGUCAGGAUGACAGAGAACGGAGCAUUGCCGGUUGUUCUUCUUACUCAUGCAUGUAUUUCCCUUACAUCUUCGCGUAUAUCCCCUUCAUUACCCAUUCUGCCUCUACCCUCAUUGCUCCCACCAAGCUGCACCUACUCAGUGAGCAAUCUUCAUAACCACAAAAUGGCUGUGAUCGGCUCAAAUGCUUCCCGUGGAUUUGCCGGUUUACAAAUACAAAGUCAGGCUGGGGGCUGUAUGACAUGUCACCAUGCCGCUUCGUUACAAUCGCCUGCAACCAGGUAGAUGAAGGUCGUCCCCAAUAUUCUCGCGCGAUGCGCGGACGGACAAAACACUGAAUUCUAAUUCUUCUGAAAUUUUGCUUCCUGCAGUCAUGGCAGUCCGUUCCCGUGCCCUAUUUGCUCAGGCGAUGUGGAUAGCUAUCGACAAUUUUGUUUUUGAUCUCUCCAACUCUUCAGUUGUUGCAGUUUCAAAAAAUUAAAGACGAAAAAUAACGUGGCAUCAAAAACUAUGGUAUACUUACCGACAACUUCCUCUGGAUCACUGGAUAUUGAUGGUUCAUGGUUGAAUGGACUUUUUUGAAUUUCCGAGCCAAAUUGAGAAAGUCGGUGCUUGUCAGGUAUCCUUCUUCCACAGGAAGCCACCUGUGCUGGUGGCUCUUUUAGCUUCAUUAUUUUUGCAAAAUGCGUCAAUGCAUCUGCCCGGGUGACCUCAGGGAGCCUUGCUUCAGAAUAGUAAGCUACUAGACGACGGCGGAUUGUAUGGUGAGCUUGCUUUAUCAUCCCGUUUAAUUGGGAGAUUUAAGGAGUGUUGAAUGUUGCUGGCUUCUCUGUCAUUGAUAUCACAAAAGCUCGGAUAUUGUCGUUGUCAAAUUCACGCCCAUUGUCAAUUUGGAUGUCCCUUGGUGCCACAAAUGUUAAAAAUAUCCCCGUUUGAGACUGUCAAGAGUUUAGUUUCUCGUUUCACUCCUCACUGGAAGCAACAUAAUCAAUUGCAUGAAAAAUUACCAUCUGGAGUUUUGCUCGCAUGUCAAUCAAGUCAACCUCAAGCUUCGAAAAUGUUUUAUCUGAAUAUUGGAUUUAACAGACCGAGCACCCGAACCUAAAAAUAGCUGCAUGCAUUGAUUGAAUGUGGCGCAUUUACUAUGUGAGAAGCUGCUGCAGGAUCCCUACUUUAUCACAAGUGAAGCAUCUGGCCCACAUUGUCAAGACAAUAUCCUAUAUUAGCCCUGAGAGAUCCUCCUUAGUCGAUUUGAGGCACCAGGGGGACCUCGCACCCUUGAUAAAAUAAUCACUAGAGCAGUGGUAUAUCUCAUCAUGGGAGGAGGGAACCUGACUGGACCCUAGGGCAGUCGAUGACUUGGAAGCCACAGAGCCCCAUCUCAACCUACACAUGCCUCGAGGAAUCUAUGCAGAGGCUGAUUGCUCACAAUGUCCCCACUGACAGAAUCGUUAUGACCAAUGCAAAUGCCAAACAUCAAUAUUGUAUUUUGUGUACAGUACAUUAUUGAGCCUUCUUCCAAUACGAUGUGUGCCACACUUAUUCUCACAUCUUCUGAACCUUUCUAGAUACAAUAAAAGUAGAAACUAUAGUAUAGC